AUGUCUGCCAGUGUGACUGAUACCACUGAUACUCAUGAUAAAGGUCCUCGAAUUCUCGCGGUGGUAUGGACAUUAUCGGCCCUUACGACUAUUGUCGUCGCUGCACGUGUGUACAUCCGUCAAUGGUUGAUCCGCAAUGCCGGUAUUGAUGACUAUAUUAUUGUUCUGGCACUGUGCCUAACAUUAACGUCCGUGGGAAUGACAACGGCAAACGUACAUAUGGGAUACGGAAAACACGCCUGGUUCCUGGACCCAAGCACCGUGGAGACGAUAAGCUUGGUCAAUACUAUCAGCUUUGCAAUCGGCAUCUUUUGCUUUACCGUUCCCAAGGUCGCAGUAACGGUUCUCUUGACUCGGAUCCUCAACCCAAGCCGUGCACAGCGUAUAUGGCUAUGGAGCAUGAUUGGAGUCACGGCUUCGGUGUCAUUCGCAUGUAUAUUUUUGUUAUUUGUGCAAUGCGACCCCCCUCAGGCCGCAUGGCAGCGCCGCCUCGUCACCGAGGGCAACGCAAACUGCAAUGAUGUACAAAUUUUGAUUAAGUAUGCCAUCUUCAAUGCUGCGCUAUCGGCAAGUGUCGAUCUGUACUUGGCCAUAUAUCCCAGUACUGUCCUCAUGAAACUCCGCAUGCCCUUGCGGAAACGCCUAGCGCUUUGUGCUGCUUUGGGUAUGGGAUCUAUUGCCGCUGCGACCGCUAUUGCAAAAAGCACGCAAUUUCCAGACUUUGCAAAUCAGGAUGACUAUACAUGUGAGAGCCCCCGGAACUCAUCUCUCCAGCUAUUGCUAAGAAUCCCAGACGCAACCGCGGAUCUUGUCAUGUGGACAAACGUCGAAUCCAAUGUUCUCAUUCUAGCAUCCUGCAUUCCGACUCUUCAACCCAUCAUCGAGCUGGCACUUAGGGGGCACAUUCGUACUCGAAGCCCUCGAGGGAAAGACGCCAACUAUCCACGCGAUUCCGCUUUCCAGAGAACCGGGCAUAAAACAAACCGGCGGUCGGAUCGGUCGAUUACACACGUCGAGAGCCAAGAGAGUAUCCUUGGUGCUGAAGAACGACAGAAAAAUAGUCAUCCACUCGGUGCUAUUGUGCGGACAGAUGAUGUUCAAGUGGAAUUCAACACUAGAUCUGCGCAUAGCGUGCCAGAGAGACAUAUGACGUGGCAGAUUGGGUAG